UGUAGACCGAGUAUUGAGGAGUAGGAUCCAAGCAUCAACAUAUAGGAUAGACUGCUGAUUGCAGUGGAAGGAGUAACUGCACGAGUAGAAUAAGAGGCAGAUAACGUAGAGUCCUAAGUAGAGUCCUAAAUAAUCAGAGGCGACAAUAGCGUCUCGCUUGCGCUGACCGCCAUGUUGGUCCCGUAGUGAAUAGUGAAUCCUAUGUGCAAACUAACCGCAACCGGCGUACCGUAAAUGAGAAAAAAGUAUAUUUGUAAUGUUAUUUUCUAAAAAAAAAACAUUUUAAAUAUCUCUGACAAUGAGACAUUUUUAAGACAUUUUAGAUUUACAAAUGUAUAGCUGCGGGCUACUGAUCUCUAUACAUAACUGGAUAAGGCUAUAGGACGAAAAGACUGUGACCAAUUGAAGGUUGUGCGCUUUGUCUACAAUAUGGCGCCUAAUGGUUAAAUCAAUGAGAUCGUAUCCGUGUGAUCCAUUCAAAUUUAAAAAAAUAUUUGAUAUGGUACAAAAGUGUAUUUAUUGUGGGAAAAACCAAAAAGAAAAUAAUAUUGAAAAGAAACAAAGUUUUCACAAAUUCCCAGAUGCAGUAGAACACUCAAAUAUAUUUCAAAAAUGUGUAUCGAAUAUGAAUUUGAAAAGUAUCAAAAUAUCAAAACAUUCAAGAUUAUGUUCUGAUCACUUUGAAGAGAAGAAUUUUGCUAUUAAAGAUAAAAACAUAUAUUUAAAACCAGGAAGUGUUCCAACAUUAUUUUCGAAAACUAAAGUACAAUGCAUAUUUUGUAAAACUGAGAAAGGUACAAAUCAGGCUCGAUCAUUUCACAAGUUUCCUAUGAAUAAUCCAAACAUUUUGAAUAUGUGGAUAGCAAAUAUGCACAUGGAAAAUUUAUAUCCCACGUCCGAUGAUGUAUUAUGUUCUGAUCAUUUUAAACAAGAUUGCUUCUUACGUCAUGGCCAAAGAAAAACUUUACAACCCAAAAGAAAUGCAAUACCAACCAUCUUUAUAGGUAAGUGUCCUACAGAUAUUGGAUUACUAUAUUCUUUAGAAGUACUUUUUUAGACACAGCAAUUCUCAUGAUAAUAAAAAAAUUAAAAAUUUAAACAUUUAUUUUUUGUUAAAAAAUAAUUAUAAAAUUACAAUGUUAAGUAUGAUAAAAAUUAUUUAUGUUAAAUAUUGUUGCCUUAAAUGUUUUCUUUGAUUUUAUUUUUAAAUGUAUAUAAAUUAUUUAAAUUAUGUAUUGAUAUUAUCAUUUUCAAAUUUGUAACAAGAACAUAUUGUAUGUACAGAUUCUAAAUUAAUAUUGUUCAUAUCCAUUAAUAAAUAUUUACAUUAUAUAGUUAUAUAUUUUUUCAAUUAAAUUCUGCUAUUUACAUAUUUCCUGAUAUUGUUUUUAUUUUAAAUCCUUUCUCUAUGCCUGAAGCUGAAACCUCUACAAGUCAGACAAACAAUGAAAAUACGCUAAUUAAUGAAAAUAGUCAGUUGUACAAUUUAAAUGAAAAUACCGUCGAUUCAAAUGAAAUGAUUGUUGAUAAUGGUUCCAUAUGUAUUAAAUUAGUUUCAUGUUUAAAAUGUAAUAUCUUUCCAAUAUUUUUGCACGCAUCAUAUAGAAAAACAAAGAAAAAGAAACAAAAAUUCGAUUUCUAAAUUGACUUAAUUAACUAAUAUCCUUUUUCCUUAAAUACACAAUGUUGUAAAUAGUCUUUUUUUAUACAUAUUUAAAUA